UUGACGGCCUCCCGGAUGGCAUUCUUCGGUAUAACCAUGAGAGCCGAAAAGCAUGCUGCUUGGAUCCUCUCUGUUGUCUCAAAGUGCUUGCAUUUCAUCGGCCUUUUCAGGCAAAUAAACAAAAAAGUCCUGGGGCCACAUCUGGGCUAUAGGGCGGCUGUGGAAGCAUUGAGAUGCCGGCAUUGGUUAGGUAGCUCUUCACAGGAAAGGCGGAGUGAGUGGAGCAACUUCGAAAUGGCUGUAAAACCGGUCCGCGCGGAACCGAUUGACCCUUCCUUUGAGUCUCUUUACGACUUCCACGUAAAAUUUGGCGUUGAAGAUGUGCUCAUUCUUCCAGUCUUCAUCAGCGACCUCUUCCCGGCUCUCCAAAAACGCCUAGUGCCACCGAAAGCAAUAUCUAGGUAAGCCUGUUUUAUCAUAUUAACGUCUCUGUCGCAGUUUUACCGAGAACGAACUCUGCAUUUUCGGCUCG